GGUACAUUAAAAUACAACGUUAAACAGAAUAUAUUAUGCAUGUAAUAUACUCACUUCUCUCUCAUCCACAGCCUGUCAAUCUUGAAUUAUUAGCACAUCCAUCAUAUGAUUCAUUGUUGUUAUAUCAAUCAAAUCUCAAAGUUUAGGAGAUUCCAAGAUAUCCUUCUGCCCCUUUUUGUUUGGAGACAUAGUCUUUGGUCAAACCGACACUUCGGUUUCGCUGGAAAAAUUUCUAGAUUUGUUCUUUAUAAGGAGAGUCUUUUGGUUAAGGAGAUCUUUGGUUAAUGGACAAAUGUGGUUUUGAUCUCAUAACUUUUCACUAUGGAUCAGGUAUGGGAUCAGUACUAGAGCAUGCCCAUUUUUCAACUAGCAAGAAACCAAUAUUUUCGAGUAGCGAAUGAUCACUCCUCGGAAUUAGAGAUCAAUCGAGCCAUUACACGCGCCUUGUGUCAGUAUCAUUAGAUUCGGGCCAGAUACAAUAACUACGAUGCUUGAACAUCACCAUCUAGAUUUCAUCAAACAAACAAUGUUGAAGCAUGAAGAUACUUUUAGACAUCAGGUAAGGGAACUUCAUCGGUUGUACAAUGUUCAAAAGAAACUGAUGACUAGUUUACAAAGCGAGACUCGACAACACAUUGAGUUUAGUCCACGGGUUACUUUGGAUAUUAACGGUGAUGAUUUAGGAAUAAUGUCAGGUUUUGAUCUUUCAAGACCUAUCGAAGAAGAUUUGUCAUGUGGUGACAGUAGCGGCCUUCGUGAUGGUCAUACGUGUUCUCAUGACUUGGAACUAACGUUAAGCAUUGGACCUAGCACUAGUAAUAGACGAUCACAAAACACCACCAAGGCAACGGCAAAAGCGAGUUUGGGAAACUCAAGUAAAUUGUACAAUCAAGAAACAAGAGACCACAUUGGUCUUUUCAGGAUCUAAGUUUAGAUAGAACAUAUAUAACACGAUUUUUUUUUCGAGGGAUUUUACUUGUAUGUUUGCUAGCAAUUGACACAUUUAGUGAACUAUACAACCCAAUAUAUGUAACUUGACUUAUCUUUUAAA